AUGUCUUUCACGUCGAUCCCCAUCCUAGACCUCUCGUUAGCUCAGAAUCCCGAGACGAAGCCUCAGUUUCUGGAGGAUCUACGUAGAGCUCUCAUGGAAGUCGGCUUCUUAUACAUCAAGAACGUGGGAAUUCCCGAUGAAUUAUUCCAAAAGGUGAUCAAAGAAGGCCGCGCCUUUUUCGACAUCCCGCAAGAAGAAAAGUACAGUAAGCCGUUCAGCAGGGGGCAGCUCAAGAUCGAGAUGAAGAACGCAAAGUCGUUCCUGGGCUACUCCCAGCUCUCCGCCGAAAUCACGGCCGGCAAGAUAGACCACCGCGAACAGAUCGACCUCUCCACGGAACACCCCGUGCCCGGCCCCCGGGAUCCGCUGUACCACAACCUCCUGGCGCCGAACCAGUGGCCCUCGGAACACGCGCUCCCCGGCUUCCGCGCCACCUUCACGGACUACAUGGACCGCAUGGGCCGGAUCUCCAUCGCCUUCACCUCGCUCAUCGCCGAGGCCAUCCGGCUCCCGCCCGACGCCUUCGGCAAGUACUUUGACGAGAACCAGCAGCACAAGCUCAAGGUCGUCAAGUACCCGGACGUCGGCGAGCUCGGCAUCGACGCCGGCACCGGCGCGCGGGGCCAGGGGGUCGGCCCGCACAAGGACAGCAUGCUGACGAGCUACCUCCUCCAGGCGAGCCACCACCGCGGGCUGCAGGUGCAGAACGUGCGGGGCGAGUGGAUCGACGCGCCGCCCAUCGACGGCACCUUGGUCGUGGCCAUCGGGCAGGGGCUGGAGGCGCUGACGCAGGGCGUGUGCGUGUCGACGACGCACCGCGUGCUGAGCCCCGCGGCGGGCGAGGGCCCGCGGUUCUCGAUCCCGUUCUUCCAGGGCGUCAGGGGCGACGCCGAGUUCGAGGACCUGGAGACCGUCGGGGUCGGGAGAGUGCCGGAGGACAUCCGCGAGCAGAGGAGGAAGGUGAUUGAGGAGAACGGCGGGCGGCUUGACGAUGUCGAGUUCACGUUCAGAAAGGGCGGGGUCGCGAGGACGCUUGGCGAGGCGACGCUGAGGAACCGCGUGAAGAGCCAUCCGGAUGUUGGCGAGAGGUGGUAUCCGGAUAUCCUGGCUGCGAUUCGGGAGGAGCAGGCGAGGGCGGCUGAGAAGGAGGAGAAGGCCGCCCCGGGUCCUGCUGCUCCUACGCCGACCCCGUUGCCCGUGCCCGCGCAUUGA